UGGCGUGUUUCCGGCGUGUUCAUCCUCCUUCAUCCGUUGCGGACAGACAGCGGCCGAAAGCGGAGAGAAUGCUGGCUACCAGGGCAUUUCGUCUUGUUGGCAAACGAGCCUUGUCAACUUCAGUCUGCCUACGUGGUGGGCAUGGAGUUGCGAAGGUUGAGGACUACUCUCUCCCAGCAUAUUUUGACCGGCGGGAGAUUCCCCUACCUGAGAUCAAAUAUGUCCAGGACUUGAGCGCAGAGCAGAGGUCCCUUAAGGAGAAGGAGAAGGGGUCCUGGACCGCAUUGUCCAAAGAUGAGAAAGUUGCAUUGUACCGCAUCAGCUUCAAGGAGAGCUUUGCUGAAAUGGAUAAAGGUACAGGGGAGUGGAAGUCUGUGCUCGCUGGUAUUUUGUUCUUCGUUGGCUUCACAGGUUUUGUUGUGCUGUGGCAGAGGAAAUAUGUGUACGGAGAUGUUCCUCACACCUUUGACCCUGAGUACAAGCAGCAAGAGCUCCAGAGGAUGCUUGACAUGAGGAUCAACCCUGUUGAGGGCUUUUCAGCCAAAUGGGACUAUGAGAACAAUGCUUGGAAGAAAUAAGUUGAUGUUUAUCUGUCAUUGGACCAUGUUACACAGCUUCUUACUAACAGGCAACAUUUGAAUCAGAAAAAAAUGUCUGUAUUUAUGGCUUGUCCACAAUACCUCAGUUAAUACAUUUUGGAAGAACACUUCCUCUUAAGGUUGUCGUGUAUCAUAAAUAAAAUUCCAGUGUCUACCAAACAUGUCA